AUGGACAGUUCUCAUAAAGUCCAAGGAGGUAGUAGAAAAUUUAAUCGUCUCAAAAUAUGGCUCAGAUGGCUUAAGGCGAAGAUCAACGCGAAAGCCAACGAGGGGUGCUUCUGCCCCUCCUCCUCCAUGGCCCACCACUCCAGCCACCUGCUGGAGAGCCUGGACCAGCUGGAGCUCAGCGUGGAAGCUUUGAGGGAAGCAGCAACUGCCGUUGAGCAAGAGAAAGAAAGCCUCCUGGAAAUGAUCCACAGCAUCCAAAAUAUCCAGGACAUGAGGCAGAUCAGCGACGGAGAAAGAGAAGAGUUAAAUCUGACGGCAAACCGUUUGAUGGGACGAACCCUCACCGUUGAAGUUUCAGUAGAAACAAUUAGAAACCCCCAGCAUCAAGAAUCCCUAAAGCAUGCCACCAGGAUUAUUGAUGAGGUCCUCAGUAAGUUUCUGGAUGAUUUGGGAAAUGCCGAGUGUCACCUGAUGUCACUGUACGGUGCAUGUUCAUCCGAGGUGCCAUGGCCUGUUGACCAGAAGUUUCAGUCCAUAGUAAUUGGCUGUGCUCUUGAAGAUCAGAAGAAAAUUAAGAGAAGAUUAGAGACUCUGCUUAGAAAUACUGAAAACUUUGACAGGGCCGUCAAGCUGUUAGAGCAUUCUAAAGGAGCUGGUUCCAAAACUCUGCUACAAAAUGCUGAAGGCAAAUUUAAUUAG